AUGACAAAAGCAAGCUCAAACGGCGCACGCACCCCGUUUCAUCCGGUCCAUCUGCUGGGUGCGUGUAACCAAGCAAGCCGCCCAGACAAGAGCCGGUUUUUGAAGCACCCGUCGCUCGAAAAGAUCGCGCGCGCUCAGGACGUGGACAUCGCAAGUACGCUUGCGCAGCCCGGAGGAGGCAAGGGCGUGCUCAAGACUGUGGAAGCAGAAACCGCACUAAUCGUCGCCGCAGAAUUCGGUAACCAGGAGGUGCUGCGUGGGCUGCUCGCUACUGAUCUCGCACCAACGUUUCUGAAUGACCACACCUGCAACACGCACGAGACCGCCUUCAUGAAAGCGGUCGCGCACCGGCACACGGAGUUGGCGAAACUGAUUGCGGAGCACCCGGCUUUCAACGGUCCGAAAAACUUUAGCCAGCAGACAAAGAUCCUGAAAGAAAACAGUCUGAUGAUGGCGAUCCAGACUAACAACAAGGCCCUGGUGCAGUUUAUCCUCGCGCACCCAGACUGCCCGUCGGACCUGUUGUCCCAGCCCCAGCGUCAGUGGCCGUUCGAAACUGCCUUGAUUAAGUUGUGCCACGGGGGGACUGGGCACCUCCAUCACAGCGACCAUACCUUUCUGAACGCGACAAAUUAUAACGGGUUGGGGCCGGAGGUUGUUCACAAGCGCAACAGCAGCGGUUCGACCUCGACACCGACCACACUGUGCGCCAACCAGUCGAGUAAACCGAGUCGAAUUGUGGACGGCGAUCGCUCCUGUUCGUCUUCUGCCAGCAGCACAACGUGCUUCAACCGCCCAGGAUCCUCGUCCAGCUCUUCGAGCAAGAGUUCCAAUACCAGUUCUUGUGCCUCCUCGAAUGCGUCUUCGCGGUACGAAAAGCUAGUCGCCAAAGGAAAUUUCGUUUCCGAACCGCGGGAACAGGAGCACAGCCGCGCGGCUAGCAAGACCGAAACACCACCUCCAGAGUCGGACGAAGAGUCGGAGACGUCCGCGACUGCCAGUGCGACCGCGAAACAGGCGGGCGGCGCGGCACUAUCGCAAACGAGUUCCCCAACAACGGUUGUGUCUGGUCGGGGAAGUAGCAGGGCAACAUCGAAAAAGACAAGAAGCACUUCGUCCAAGUGGAGACCAGCACGAAUUCUGCGUUUCUUUUGGCGCGGUAACAAGGUGUUUUUUGGAUUUCUGCGACUUACGCGCGCGAAACUGGCGUCGCCGUUGCGGGUGCGGGCCGCGUGGAAACUGAAAUCCAAUCCUGCGUCGACGGACUAUGGUGCAGAGUCCCCGGUCGAAGACCAGUGCAGCAGUGCACCCGGCGAGUCCGGGCUAGCGGACUGCAUUUUUUGCCAGGUGAAGCCGGAAGACGUGUUCGUGCAGACGGAAUCGACUGGGCAGACUGCCUUAAUGGUGGCCGCACAGUGGGGACACCGAUACCUUUGCGGCCGGUUGCUCGAGUCUGCCGGCGGAACGAAGGAAGCAGAAAGGCUUUUGCAAUUGACCGACAGUCUAGGACGAACCGCAGCUGACUGGGCGCGACUCACAAGUAAUCGCGAUGUCAUGGCGUUGUUUGAACAGUUUGGCGCACGGGCACGGUAA